UGGACAAACAGCAAAACAGUCAAUUCAGUUAAGUUCAGUGUCGAAGCGCGUAUUUUAUAGUUAACAGUGAUUUUCGAGUCGUAAUAAAGUUCUCUCUGAAAUGAAUGCAAUUCUAAGCAAACUUCUUGGCGAUCUCACAAAUAUUAUCGAAUCACCAUUUCUAAUAUGGGAAAUUCUUACUAUGCUACGAAUCGGAGUCAAGGGUGAAAGUGGACAAGAGUUGGAAAAUUUUCUGCAAUUAUUAGCAGCCGAUAUUGGCAUUCCCGGCAACGAUUUAGAAAAUCUCAGGCAGAAGUACUUCCUUGCAGCAACAACAGAUAUCUCGAAGGAAUGUAUUGCACCACCAGUACAUAACACCGCCGCCAAUGUCCUAUCGCCUUCCUGCACAGAAACAAAAAACAUAUGGAUUGCAAAUCGAAUAUUCGUUAAGUCCGGGGUCCGCCUAAGUAGAAACUUCAUAAACGUACUGAAGCAGCAGUUUGCCUGCGGCAUGCAGGAACUCGAUUUCUGCGCCCCUCUUUUAGCUGCAGAAGCCAUCAAUCAAUGGGUUAAGCGCGUAACCAACGAACGCAUUCCCGUCAUUAUAUCCUCGAAUGAUGUAGGGCCCGACACACAGGUAGUGCUUGCCAAUGCGAUCUAUUUCAAAGCUCAGUGGAAGCAGCAAUUCGAGCCGGUCGACACUAAAAUGAAACCAUUCUACAUUGACGCACAACGAAGUGUUCUAGUGCCAAUGAUGAGCCAAGUGAUAAGCGCACGCUAUGCUUACUUGCCUGAUCACGGAGUUAAGGUGGUGGAGUUGCCUUAUCGGGAUACAGAUCUAGCUAUGCUGGUCAUCUUACCAACUGAUGUAUUGGCGGAUUUUGGUGCACUGGCAAAUCUGAGCUUGCCAAGCGCUGUGGAUCAGUUGGUGUUUCGUAAGGUGUAUGUAAAAUUACCUAAAUUUACUUUUGGUUGCACCAUAGACGUACACAGCUUGUUGGCAAAGUUCGGCGUGCGCGGAAUUUUCAACGACAGCAAGGACUUUAACAAUCUUGUAGAAGGUAACGUCUUCAAUUUUGGAGUCUCGAAAAUCAUACAACAAGCUUUCAUUAAAGUAAGCGAAGAGGGAACAGAAGCAGCUGCUGCGACUGCCUGUUGUAUUGAUGGUGCCAUUAGUUUUGAGGAGGAAUUCAUAGCGAAUCGUCCAUUCUACUUUUGUAUAAAGAACAGAAGUUGCUUAAAACUUUUCGAAGGCAGUUAUCGGCAACCGAAUUGAACUUUCCGGAGGUGUUUUUAAAUAUAUUGACUGAAUGGUUGAGUAUUUUUUUUAUCGUUUUAUAAGCCAGUUUCAUUUUUAAUGUAGAGUAAAACAGUUGGUUUACACGAACUAAAGAUUUUUUCUCAAGUUA